ACUUCCACCUGGAAAUUGGCGGACGGAGGGUGGAAGAGAGAGUCCUUGGAAGUGCAGAAGGAGAGCUGUUGUGCAAUUCACGUUUUAACAAGUUCCCAUUAUAGCACUUCCCUCCAGCACUUGCUUAGGAAACUGGGAGGAUUGCCAUUCCCACAGAUCUUAUUAAAGGAUAAGAAUGACAACCAUAGCAUGAGUCAUGAUGAUACAUUACUGAUGGCCCAGGAUGCUUCUUCAAGCGUGAUUACUUUGGAUUCAUUCUGCUCUUGCCAGAUGUUCAGGCUCUGUUGCUCCCAUCCCACCCUGACCAAGAUCACGAGGCACCCACCAGACUUCCACACUCCUCUCCACCCAGCCUGCAGCUGGAGCCACACCCCAUCUCCCAGGACCUAUGCUGGUACUACUACUCUUUCUAGAUAAGAGUAAUUUUUUUAGAAUAUUGGCUUUCUCUCCCUUAAAGGAUUCAGAGUUCAGGUAUUUAAGAGAUUAUGGCAACUGAGGCCCACAAUGUUAAAAAACGAACCUUUUGUAAUAAUAUUGAGGAUCAUUCCACUGAUCUUCCUAGAAAAAGGAUCUCUAAUUUUACUAAUAAGAACAUGAAGGAGGUUAAGAAAUCUCCAAAACAGUUGGCUGCUUACAUAAAUAGAACAGUUGGACAAGCUGUGAAAAGCCCAGAUAAACUACGUAAAGUGAUCUAUCGCAGAAAGAAAGCGCAUCAUCCUUUUCCAAAUCCUUGUUAUAGAAAAAAACAGUCCCCUAGAAGUGGGGGCUGUGACAUGGCAAAUAAAGAAAACGAACUGGCUUGUGCAGGUCACCUGCCUGAAAAAUUACGCCAUGAUAGUCGAACAUAUUUGCUUAACUCCAGUGAUUCUGGUUCUUCACAGACAGAAAGCCCAUCAUCAAAAUAUAGUGGGUUUUUUUCUGAGGUUUCUCAGGACCAUGAAACAAUGGCACAGGUUUUGUUCAGCAGGAAUUUGAGAUUGAAUGUAGCUUUAACGUUCUGGAGAAAGAGAAGUAUAAGUGAACUUGUAGCCUAUUUGGUGAGGAUAGAAGAUCUUGGAGUUGUCGUGGAUUGCCUUCCUGUGCUCACCAAUAGUUUACAGGAGGAAAAACAGUACAUCUCACUUGGCUGCUGUGUAGAUUUGUUGCCUCUAGUCAAGUCCUUACUUAAAAGCAAAUUCGAAGAAUAUAUAAUAGUUGGUUUAAACUGGCUUCAAGCAGUCAUAAAAAGGUGGUGGUCAGAGCUAUCAUCCAAAACAGAAAUUAUAAAUGAUGGAAAUAUUCAGAUUUUAAAGCAGCAAUUAAGUGGAUUAUGGGAACAGGAAAAUCAUCUUACUUUGGUUCCAGGAUAUACUGGUAACAUAGCCAAGGAUGUAGAUGCUUAUUUAUUGCAGUUGCAUUGAGAGACUAUCUACUAAAAAGAGCAUUUGAUUAUUCAAAGCGUCCCCAGACUAAGAUUUCCAAAAAAAAAAAAAAAAAAGUCUCCUUUGAGAACUGUGAACUGUGGAAGAAAUCAAAACUUUUUUUUUUUUCUUAAAAAGCCACACGUGAAACCACUAAUGAAACCCUAACAAUCUGCUUCACAUUGAAGUGGAAAAAUGUACAAAAGGAGCAGCUUCAACUUCAAUGAGGUGAAAGUGCACUAUGAAGAUUGUUCCCCUUUGCUGCAUUUGGGACUUAUAUGGUUAUUUGGUAACAUUGUUUAAGAACUACUGGGUCUUAAUGCAAUACUGCAUAAGAAUAUAAUUUAUACUAUGUCAGAAAGAAGACAGUACUUAUCACUAGGAAUCACAAAGACCAAUCAUCGUUACUUUUUUGAAGAUUGUGUUUUAUAAGAAAACACUUAAGUGUGUGCAGCUAUUUUCUUAUUUUGAAAAGACUUUGCAAGUUUAAAACGUCAUAGAAAAUCAGUACUAGAAAUUUGUUGUCCACACUGAGAUACUGUGUAUACAAGAUGCCUUAAUUAUUAAUAAGCCAAUGUGUAUGAUAUGAAUAUCUGUUUAAAAAAUUAACAUCAAACAUGCUCUGGCAUGAUAAAAUCAUGGAAUUAAAUCAGGGGUUUCCAUUCAUGUAGAACGUUGUUGCUAAAACUUACUCCAUACCAUUUUUAAAACUUGAGAAUAUUUUUAGUAUCUCUGAUUUUUCUUUGCCAGAAUCAUUGUGUCAUGUGUGUAUGUGUUAUUCCUAUAUAAAAGAAAAGGUGAAUAUGUAUUUGUAUGAAUGCUUAACUAGAAAUGUCCGUGGAGUUAGCUAAUUUAUAUUCACUUUUUAUUGUAUAUAGAUUUCUAAUAUUUUCAGUUCUGUAUCAUUUAAGCUUUCUUCAUUUGAGUAAAUUCACUAAAUAUUUCUAUUUUUUGCUUUUUUAAAUUCUUUUAUAUGACUUCUAGUUCUUUUUCACUACUCAUGUUUUAAAGAAUUACAUACAGUGCUUUAGAAAUGUUUACAGUUAGUGCUGACCUUGUGUUUUAAAUUCCAACACUUUACUACCUCCUCCAAUGGUUGGUAUGAAAUGCCAGCAGACUGUAUGAGGUCUUUUUUUUCUUUUUUUAAGUAUAUAUCUACCAUUUUUAGUGUCAGUGAACCCACUUCUGGAAUGUCUUAACAGCUAUAUAUCGCAUCUUGAAAGUGAUUGGGGUUUAAAUACCACUAUUGGUGGUUCAUGCAUCAUCUCAUCUUUAUAAGCCUGAGAGGCAUCUGAGCAAAGAUUUUUAGUAAUCAAAUUUCUCUGCAGUAAUCUUUCAAGCACGUGAAUGUAAAUCUUUAGCAUUUAUCCAGUUAGCCACUACUGAUGUGAAUUCCAAACAAAUAACUUUUUUUGCUUUAAAAAUGUUAUGUUUUACUGAAUUCUCUAUUUUUUGUGUAGCUGUAUUUCAUAUAGCUAUGCAUUCCUCACAGUGAACAUCCAUUUUUGGUUAUUUUCUUAAGUCUUUAGAAUAAUUUAAGAUUACUGCAUUUCUGUGAUUUGAGAGUUGAGUUAUUUAAGCAUAUUGUUUUUCAGGAGGUGGGAAUUUGAAUCGUAAACCUGCGUCAUCUCUGUAAAACCUUAAGAUGAUGAAAUAUAACCUUUCUUUGUUCCUAUUCCUUUAGUUACCACUGUCUUAUCUAACAGUUUGAACCAGUUAACUCAGUUGGAGCGUGGUGCUAAGGAGGCUAAAGACAGGAGUUCAGUCCUUUCAUAGGUUCACUAACUUGGCACACUUACACAGAUUCGUGGCUACAUAUCGCAACUUCCUUAGGUAUAGGUCUUUCAAAUUCAGCUUUUAGUCACAAGGAAGAUGGUGUGUAUAGCUUAGCAUCAACCUUUCACCUCAAAUGGAAAGACAACUCAAAUAAUUGGUAUAUGUGAUAGUAUACACUUCUAAUAUUUAAAAUAAACAAUAUUAAUCAUGUAAUAUUAAUACUGUAAUUAUGUCACUAUAAUUUUCUGUGGGUAAGAUCAUUUUCUAAACACUAUCUUGUAAAAAUCAAAUUUUAACAAAUUAAAACAUGGUAAGAGUAGGUAAUAUCCUGUUAACAGUGAGUUCUUGUGCCUAAGUUUGGGUUUGUUAAAGGAGAAUAGAGAACACUUCAUUUUAUGUACUCGGAGCUAUAUAAGGCAACAGAGUCUUUAGCUCGCAAAUAUUCAGUAGCACACACCCCUAAUUUCUGUUCUUGGCCUUUACAGUUUUUGUUAGUACCUACCCUUCUCAGUUACUGAGUUAUGAUUAGUAUUAUUUUUACUACAGUUUUUAGAUUUUGGGGUAAAAGAUGUUAAAUAAGUAAAUAUUGUUGAACACUU